AUGGCGCAAGCCGCCAAGCAGCUCCGCAAGACCAAGGACCUUGCGGAGGCCGCCGCCCAGGAGCAGAGGGAGAAGGAGGAGGAAAAGAUAAAAAAGAGGAAUCGAUCCAGGGACCGCCGGCGCAAGGCGGAUGCAGCCACCAGCUUUCUGCGCGCAGCUCGUUCAGGGAACCUGGACAAGGCUCUGGAUCACAUCAAGAAUGGAAUCGACAUCAACACAGCUAAUCAAAACGGUCUCAACGGGUUACACCUGGCCUCUAAAGAAGGUCACGUCAAAAUGGUCCUGGAGCUGCUACACUCUGGCAUUGAGUUGGAAGCCACCACAAAGAAAGGGAACACGGCUCUCCAUAUCGCAGCGCUGGCAGGGCAGGAGAAAGUGGUGGCUGAGCUUGUCAACUACGGUGCCAACGUUAAUGCCCAGUCACAUAAAGGGUUCAGUCCUCUCUACAUGGCAGCACAGGAGAAUCACUUAGAGGUGGUCAAGUUCCUGCUCGAGAACGGGGCCAAUCAGAGUCUCCCAACUGAGGACGGCUUCACUCCGCUGGCAGUAGCCCUCCAGCAGGGCCAUGAAAACGUUGUGGCGCUGCUCAUCAACUAUGGCACCAAGGGCAAGGUCCGCCUCCCUGCGCUGCACAUCGCCGCUCGAAACGACGACACGCGCACCGCCGCAGUGCUCCUCCAGAACGACCCCAAUGCUGAUGUUCUCAGCAAGACUGGUUUCACGCCUCUGCAUAUUGCGGCCCACUAUGAGAAUAUGAGCGUAGCCCAGCUGCUGCUGAACAGAGGAGCCAAUGUAAACUUUACCCCCAAGAAUGGCAUCACGCCCCUUCAUAUAGCCUCCAGGAGGGGCAAUGUGAUGAUGGUCAGACUACUGCUGGACAGAGGUGCACAGAUCGAUGCCAAAACUAAGGAUGAGCUGACUCCUCUCCACUGUGCAGCCAGGAAUGGUCAUGUUCGUAUCAUUGAGAUCCUGCUGGAACACGGUGCUCCCAUCCAGGCUAAGACCAAGAACGGUCUCUCCCCCAUCCACAUGGCAGCUCAGGGGGAUCACAUGGACUGCGUCAGGCAGCUACUGCAGUACAACGCUGAGAUUGAUGAUAUCACACUGGACCAUUUAACCCCUCUUCAUGUAGCAGCCCACUGUGGUCACCAUAGGAUGGCCAAAGUCCUACUGGACAAGGGAGCCAAAGCCAAUGCACGUGCUCUGAAUGGCUUCACACCUCUCCAUAUUGCUUGCAAGAAGAACCACAUGCGGUCCAUGGACCUGCUGCUUAAGCACUCGGCUUCUCUAGAAGCUGUCACAGAGUCUGGUCUCACUCCUCUACAUGUAGCGGCAUUCAUGGGCCAUCUGAACAUAGUGAAGAACCUGCUCCAGAGAGGGGCUUCACCCAAUGCUUCCAAUGUGAAAGUGGAGACCCCCCUCCACAUGGCCUCCAGAGCAGGACACUGUGAAGUUGCUCAGUUCCUGUUGCAAAACGCAGCCCAAGUGGACGCCAAGGCGAAGGAUGACCAGACCCCCCUACACUGUGCAGCCCGCAUGGGCCACAAGGAGCUCGUCAAGCUGCUCCUUGAGCACAAGGCCAGCCCUGACUCAGCCACAACUGCAGGCCACACACCCUUACACAUCUCUGCACGAGAAGGACAUGUCCACACGAUUCGAAUCUUGUUGGACGCCGGGGCACAGCAGACCAAGAUGACAAAGAAAGGCUUCACUCCUCUCCAUGUGGCAUCUAAAUAUGGGAAGGUGGAUGUGGCUGAGCUCCUUCUGGAGAGAGGAGCCAACCCUAAUGCAGCUGGAAAGAACGGUCUGACACCCCUUCAUGUGGCCGUCCAUCACAACAACCUGGAUGUUGUUAAACUCCUGGUCAGCAAGGGAGGAUCUGCACACAGCACUGCCCGAAAUGGCUACACUCCCCUGCACAUAGCGGCCAAGCAGAACCAGAUGGAGGUGGCCAGUUGUCUGCUGCAGAAUGGGGCGACGCCCAACGCAGAGUCCCUCCAAGGCAUCACGCCCCUACACCUGGCUUCACAGGAGGGGCGGCCCGACAUUGUGGCCCUGCUCAUCUCCAAGCAGGCCAAUGUGAAUCUGGGGAACAAGAAUGGAUUGACCCCUCUGCAUCUUGUGGCUCAGGAAGGUCAUGUGGGAAUCGCUGACACGCUGGUCAAACAAGGAGCCUCCAUUUACGCUGCCUCACGGAUGGGCUACACGCCCCUUCAUGUAGCUUGUCACUAUGGCAACAUCAAGAUGGUGAAGUUCCUUCUGCAGCAGCAGGCCCAUGUGAAUAGCAAGACAAGGAUGGGCUACACCCCUCUGCACCAGGCAGCUCAGCAGGGCCAUACCGAUAUUGUCACCCUGUUGUUAAAACACGGAGCCCAACCCAAUGAGAUUACUUCGAACGGGACAUCUCCUCUGGGUAUCGCUAAGCGGUUGGGUUACAUCUCUGUCAUAGAUGUGCUGAAACUGGUUACCGAGGAGUCGGUCUCCACGAUCACGACAGAGAAGCAUCGGAUGAGUUUUCCUGAGACAGUAGAUGAGAUCUUGGAUGUUUCUGAGGAUGAAGGGGUUGCCCAGCUAACCUUAGGAGACGAGUUGCUCGGGAUGGAUGGAGCGCGCUAUUUGAAGCUUGAUGACUUCAAGGACCAGGACGAUGACUUCCUCUCCCCAAAGAAAACCCUGAGAGACUUUGAAGGUGGCAUGGGUACCACGCCAUAUUCUCCAGCUAUUCCCAGGAUCCCUUGUGUGUCCCCAGAGACUGUACUGCUGGAUCAGCACACCCCGAUCCCCCUGCCAAAGGAGUAUGAUGAAGACUCUCUUAUCCCGAGCAGUCCGGCUACAGAGACUUCGGACAAUGUCAGCCCUGUGGCCAGCCCCAUUCACACUGGCUUCCUGGUGAGUUUCAUGGUGGAUGCUCGAGGAGGCUCCAUGCGAGGCAGCAGGCACCAUGGCCUGCGAGUUAUUAUUCCCCCUCGAACCUGCACUGCCCCAACACGCAUUACCUGCCGCCUGGUCAAACCUCAAAAACUGACCACGCCUCCUCCGCUGGUGGAGGGGGAGGGGCUAGCAAGCCGUAUCAUCUCCCUAGGGCCGUCCAGUAUGCAGUUCCUUGGGCCUGUAAUAGUGGAAAUUCCCCACUUUGCCUCACUGGGCCGAGGGGACAGAGAGCUUGUGGUCCUCCGCAGUGAAAACGGCUCGGUCUGGAAGGAGCAUCGCAAUCGCUACGGUGACGAAGUGCUGGAAACAAUUCUGAAUGGCAUGGAUGAAGACCUGGAGAGUCAAGAGGAGCUGGAGAAGAAGAGAAUCCGUCGCAUCAUCUCCACCGACUUCCCCCUCUACUUCGCCGUGGUCUCCCGCAUUCAGCAGGAGAGCGAUCUGAUCGGUCCAGAGGGGGGCCGGCUGACCAGUAAGCUGGUGCCCCACGUCGAGGCCAUCUUCCCCGAGACGGCCGUCACCAAGAGAGUGAGACUGGGACUGCAGGCGCAGCCAAUCCCAGAUGAGCUGCUGACUCGGCAGCUUGGUAACCAGGCGACCUUCAGCCCAGUGGUUACCAUCGAGCCACGCCGACGCAAAUUUCACCGUCCAAUUGGACUGCGCAUCCCUUUGCCACCAUCCUGGAGGGAGAGUCCACGGGAUGCUGGGGAGGGUGAUACCACCAGCUUGCGCCUCCUCUGCAGUGUCAUUGGUGGCACAGCGCCCGCUCAGUGGGAGGACAUCACUGGAACCACCAAGCUGAUGUACGCCAACAACUGUGCCAACUUUACCACCAAUGUUUCUGCAAGAUUCUGGCUGGCAGACUGUCCACGCACGGCAGAGGCAGUGACCUUUGCCAAUUUGCUGUACCGGGAGCUGAUGUCUGUUCCAUAUAUGGCCAAGUUUGUUAUUUUCGCCAAGAUGAAUGAAGCGCGCGAGGGACGCUUGCGUUGUUACUGCAUGACAGACGACAAGAUGGACAAAACACUGGAGCUGCACGAAAACUUCACCGAAGUGGCCCGCAGCCGAGACAUUGAGCUGAUGGAGGGCAUGCCGCUGCACCUCGAGUGUUCUGGCAACCUCGUGCCCAUCAGGAAGGCCACCCAGCAGCCUCGCAGCUUCAGCUUCCAGGCCUUCAGAGAUAACAGGCUGCCGGUCUCAGUCAAGGUCAGAGACAGUAACAAGGAUGCAGCUGGGUUUUUAUCCUUUCUGCGGAAGUGCACCAAGUACGAGGAUACACAGCAUGUACUGUGUAACCUUAACAUAACCAUGCCACCAUGUGUCAAGGUUGUUGGAAGUGAGGAGCGCAGGCGAACUUUAACCCCCCUCGCCCUGAGGGAACGUUACAGUGCACUGAACGAGCCUGGUGUGGCCACUGUGAAUGCCAUGGAGAGGACUGAGAUCAAGAUCAACAUCAUAUCUGAGCAGCUGGGUUUGAGCUGGGCAGAGUUGGCACGCGAGCUUCAGUUCGGCGUGGACGACAUCAACAGGAUCCGUGUGGAGAAUCCCAACUCCCUGCUGGACCAAAGCUCUGCUCUGCUCAACCUGUGGGCCAGCAGAGAAGGCAAAAGGGCCAAGAUGGAGAGCCUGUACACCGCCCUGAAAAACAUCGACCGUGCAGACAUUGUAACCUCUCUGGAGGGCCAGGCUCCGCAGCCAGGACCCGGUUCUUUAGAGGAGGGUGCCUGUCGACUCAGCGACCGCGACUCCAGCCUGCUGUCCCCCAGUGUCAUCAAUGGUUAUGGGCUGGUGCAGGAGGAGCUGCUGUCCCCGGCCUCCAUGCAGUACAGCUUGCCCUCUCCGCUGGGUGCGGAGCCCUACUGGCAGGAGGUCUCCAGCCUCGAGUGCGCCCCCAUCGCCACCACCGAGGAAGACACAUUAAUGGAGAUGUCGGACGUUCAGGUGUGGCCAGCAGGGGUCAGCCCCUCGCUGGUUACAGUGGAGGACUCCUCACUGGAGGGCAGCAGUCGGGCGGACGACUCGGAGGGCGCCACGCUCUCCCUUCCCUGCAGCUUGGGUCGCCCGAGCAGCGGAGCCAGUGGGGCCAGCGGCUCCAUCAUGGAGCUGGAGGAGGAGGAGGAGGAGGAGGAAGAAGGGGAGGUUGAGGAGGAGGAGGCGCCACAGGAGCCGGCAACUGUGCUGGCAGACAGGGACAGGGUGAGGGCCAGUGGCGCCGUCCCCAAGGUCAACCUAAACGGGCAGCUGGGAGGUCAGAGGUCAGAUGGAAGGAGAGGGGAGGCCCUCGCAGCAGGAGGAGGAGCAAAAGGGGGAGGUGGAAGUGUAGGGCUGGGUUCAGUGGAAGGGAUUUCUGUUGUUGCAGGCCAGCAGGUGUACGCCCAGAUGUCGGGACUGAGUCGAGCUACGGAGCACAAUGGAGAUAACCGAGUGGUGGGAGGUGGCGCAUUUCAACCCUACCUACCGGACAAGGACUCCCUGCACGGCUGGGUGGGCUCUGUGUCAUCGGGACGUGACGUGCCGGGCUUGCGCGUGGCCCAGGAGGCUCUGCUGACUCCGGUGUGUGACACGGGUUACUCUCAUGUGCUGCGUGGGCGCCUCCUGCAGGGCACGCAGCCCUUUGACAGGGGGCUGGGCUUCUCUCACCAGGAGGCGGGCCAACGUGCUUGGGAACAGGAGCUGAGGCGGGGCCAGAGAGAGGAGAAAGAGGACUAUGCUGCUGAGGCGCAGUUUGUUUCCGAACACGGAAACGUGCUCGCUCGAAAGGUGGGGGUGGAUGUUAGAAAGGGCGCUCAGUCAGUGCAGCGCACCAGUCUGCGGAGAGUUAAACACUGA